GCGUGGGUAUGACGUCAUCUUCCAGCGACUGGUCGCAGCACGUUGAGUAAAUAGCAACAAUCUGCGAUCGAGGCUUCCUUAUCACUUUCUAUAAGGAUCUUCUGUCGCCAUGGAGAGAGACGUGAAGAGGCAGGAGGAAGAGGAGGAUGAAGAGGACGUGAAUGGGCAGGAGGAAGAGGAGGAGGAUGAAGAAGAGGACAUGAAGGUGCAGGAGGAAGAGGACGAGGAGGAUGAAGAGGACUUGAUGGGGCAGGAGGAGGAAGAGGAGGAGGAUGAUGAUGAAGAGGACAUGACGGAUAAAGGGGUCCUUGGACAUGAGAAUGAUGAUGAUGAGGGCAGCAAGACAGGUGGUGUAGAGGAAGAGAAGAAAGGUGGGGUGAGGAAGAGGACUCCAGGUAUAAUCUACAUUGGCCACAUCCCCCCCCGCCUGAGACCCAAACACCUGAGGAACAUGCUGACCCCCUACGGGGAGAUAGGACGCAUCUUCCUGCAGCCAGAGGACGGCGUGGUGAAGAAGAAGAGGAGGAAGGCGGGGUCCCGGGGCAGUAACUUCACCGAGGGGUGGGUUGAGUUCCCUGACAAGCGGAUCGCCAAGCGAGUGGCGUCUGCCCUCCACAACACGCCCAUGGGCAACAAGAAGCACCACCGCUUCCACUCGGACCUCUGGAGCAUGAAGUACCUGCACCGGUUCCACUGGACCCACCUCAGCGAGCGUCUGGUCUACGAACAAACGGUUCUGAGGCAGCGACUCCGCACCGAAGUGUCGCAGGCCAAGAGAGAAACCAACUUCUACAUCGGGAACGUUGACCGCAGCCACAGCAUGGACAAGAGGAGGAGGAAGGAGGAGUCGCAGGGAGAACAGCUGGUGGAGAAGUCAUGGGACUUUACCCAACGACAGACGGAGGAGGAGAUCCAGCAGAAGAAGAAGAACCAGGCAAAGGCCCGAUUCAUUCAGGACAAGAGCCAAUCAACGAAGAGUAACCAGGAUAAGGCCCGCCUCAUUCAGGAGAAGAGCAAAUCAAAUGUGUCCUUGUUGGCCAAGAUUUUCAACUCCAGCAGGAAGCAAGACUGAUACCUUCAAUAAAAACUGUGUGUGUGUUUGUGCGUGUGUGCGUGCGUGCGUGAGAGAUUGAUGUUGGGAUGAACAAUUGAAUAAAGAAUUUUUAACUA